AUGGCGGUAGAAGAGGGCGAUAUCUACCCGACCGAGGCCCUCAUUCUAAAACAGUCGCGGAGACAUUACCGUAUACCCGUGCGAUCACAGCACUGGCAGCUACGCUCUCUCAUUAGCGCUGAGAAACAAAGCACCGUGUAUUUUCCCGGAGGCACCGGCAGCAAUCAUAUCCAGCGACUGAACGUAUCAACCCGACAAUGCGAAACCAUCAAACUCCUGACUUUUGCGCCGCGAUGUCUCGUUGCUGAGAAAGGAUGGUUGUGCUGUGGGAGCGAAAGUGGCGACUUCGUAGCAAUACGGCUCGAUGAAGGAAACGAAGACAACGACGAUCCUCUGUCUGGAAUCGACCCGGAAACUCGACUUCAUCUCGGCCUUGAUGCCUUCCCUAACGAUCCCGUGUUCUCUCUCAUCUCCCGCGCCAGGCGAUCCCAAAAGAAUAUGAUCGCCAAAAGCAUGAAGUUGGCCAAAGACAGGGUUAAUUGCAUCACGCUCUGGUUUCCUCCUACGACCAUGCCGGCGAAUGCAAAAGCCUAUAAGGAACCAGUAGCGGUACUAGCGAAUAACGACCGGACCGUUACCCUUGUCAGUCUACGUGAUUUUGAAGAAAAAGACAAGACGGAGGCGUUGGAUAUUAUCACGUACCCCGACUUUGUGAACCGAUCUCUUCUAUCUCCCGACGGAAGGUUCCUCAUCUCCAUUCUUGACGAUCCAUACAUGUACAUCCACGAGCGAGUAAGGAAGACCACCGAAUCGCCAGCAACCAAGUCACCCGAUGAAAUCUCAUACCAAUGGGAGCAGACUCAAAGAAUUCUACUCAAAAGUCAACGAAAAGACGAUAGAACUGACAGCAGAGGAAGCUUCGCGGCCUGCUUCUCAGAAUCAGGAGCGUACCUCGCCAUCGGAACUCAACAUGGCACGAUUUCUAUCUUCAACGCCGCUCUUCUUGCAGACCCCGAUGCCAACCCCCUUAUUACAACCUUUGAGUCCUCCCGACCACGCAGUGGCCCUGGUGCUAUCCGAGAUAUGGCAUUUUGUCCCGGCCCGUACGACUUGUUAGCCUGGACAGAGGACAGAGGACAUGUCGGGAUCGUCGAUAUGCGGAGCAACUUUGUCAUUCGCCAGAUUGUCGAUAUUGAAGAUCCAGCGUUCGAGCAUAUCAACAUUCUCGACCGAAACACUACUAUUAUUGACCCGCGCGAUUUGGAAAGUCAUCGCGAGAGAAGAGACAACGACGCAGCUACGGGCGCCAUAGAGAACCAGAGGCGCCGCGAGGUGCUCGAGCAUCUCAACACUCCACUUACUGCUAGCGAGACGUUGGUGCUUGAAGCCAUGCAGAUGGGCCGAUCCAAUCGUGAGAGAACGAUUCAGCGAGCUGCAGCGCCAGAGGAUAGGCCGAUUGGGGGGCCGACCACAUUUUGGGCACGUCGCCGGGCCCCUAUUUCUGCUGCCGCUGGUAAUGCCGAGCAGUCUAAUGAUCGUGGAAGUAGUAGUGUUGGUCGACCAAUGGGGGGUCUUCUGGCUAAUAAUCCUCGGUUUCGUCCUGGCAAUAUCACGCGAGCUGCAAGGCCCACGGGUAUUGCCGAGGGCGAAACCCUCGAAGGCUUUGCAAGGAGAAGACGCGAAGAGGAGCGUCGACAGGAAAGUCUUGGCGAAACCAUGGCGAUGCUUAGUAGAGAACGUCAACGACGGGAGAGUCUUGGUGAGAACGUGGCUGAACGUCAGCGACAAGACCCUUCCUACCUCCAAGUACUUGAUAUCCUUCAGGCGCGAGAGCGAGACUCCGAUCGCGAACUAGAUGACACCACGAUAAUAGUUCCACUGGUGAAUCAAGUUGUGAACAGAUGGGAGGAAGAUCAUGGUGUGUUUGAGGUGCCGCCUUCGCCAGACAACACUGCCGGGCUGGCUUGGAGUGAAGACGGUCGUAUUCUUUUUGUCGGCGCACAGAACGGCAUAUACGAACUUCACGUCGACGUGCAAAGCAGAAAGUUUUGCCCCAGUAUUUCGAUGAGGUGA